AUGCAGAACAAUCCGGCUGGACAAGCUUUCGAGAGCGGCGGGCCAGCAGAUGUCACCCAUGGCGAAAUCGAGCGGGGCCAUCAAGAAUUCGGUUGCUGCCAGGAAAACACAGCACUCGGCCGAGUUGCCAAGCCGCACUCCACCUCGCCCGGCAAUCACAGCCUCCGCUCAUUGCGCAGUAUUCUCAUUGUAAAACCGACUUUGCAAUGGCAACUGCAGCUUCGUACCACCCACAACAUGGCUAGCCUGCAGCGGCCUUGA